GGUGCGGGGCCCGACACCCGCCUCCUCCCGCGCCUCAGGCAUUCAUUCCCGGAGCAUAUCUGCCGGCCUGGGGUCCUGUUGGAUGUCGGCGCCGUCCGCCAGAGAAAAGGGAGUCUCUAUUGGAGCCGAAAAGUUUGAUAUUCGCGGUUUUAUAAAGCGCCCUGAAAGCGAGAAGAGGGGCUGGGAGAUGUGCUCACUUGUACACACUCCUUAUGACUCAGAAGGACUGCGCUAUUAUUCACCAUUACGGCUCACGGCCAGGCCGUCCAGGCACUAAGGAGACGAACCUGCAAAGGGAAAAAGAGAUGAGGAGGCGCUUACUAGAGAAGCCAAGGGAGGACCGCGUCUCUAGAAGGGAGUGGUCAACUGCGUUGAGUGCUACGAAAAGGUCAAGUAAAAGGACAGAAAAAUGUCAGAUGGAAGCCGUUGGGGACCUUAGCAAGAGCUGUUUAGGUGGACAGAUGGAAGCCAGACUAAAGAGAGAUGUUUUAAAGUCUGAGCAUGAUCACUAGGGAUGAAAUCUGAAGAAUACAGAAGGAUGGAAAGAUGCUGGCCCCUUGAUUCAGCUACUGAAUUGGAAAACCAUAGGCUAGUCACUCUUUCUCCAAACAUGUCUGAUGGCAGAAUGGAAGACUUUACUAAAACUAGACCUUUGGACAUUGGACCUAUCUAUUUCUUUGAUCAGAUGAAACCAAAAAAGAAAAAAUGGGAUAAGAGAGACCUUCUCCCCCAUUUGGAGCACACUCCAGAAGAAAAACAUAGUCCUACAGAGAGUAUUAACUCUAAAGAAGUAGAUGAGAAACCAAGUCUAUCUAUAGAAGCUGCAUCGAAGAAGCAAUAUGCGUUUCAGUCAUUUGCCAUCUCACCAACUCCUGUUGUUUCCAAGUUUCCUCCUAACGUUACAUUCUCCAAAAUACAAAUGCAGAAGAGUCUGCUUGAAGAAUACAAAGACAUUGCUGCUGAAUUACUGUGUGAACUUGGGGAGACAUUGCAGAUAUAUGCUGAGUAUAAUAUUGCUUUCCCUGUAGGAAUUGUAAAUCUUGUGAAUUACAGUUGGCAUGAUCUCAUUGAAGAAGCUAAUAAAUAUGAAACCAAAAUGUCAAUGUUGAAGAAACAGGAUGCCUUGCAAAGCACUUCCAGUUCCAUGAUAGUUGACAAAAUCAGCAACUAUCCAAGAAUAGAAUGUCAUAAGGAAAAUCUUCUGAUGAAAACAAAAAGAGAUUGGCGCCAUUUUGUAUCAAUGAAUUCUAUGAAAAAAAUACAUGUUGUCGGCCAAAAGCAGUAUUCCCAGAUCUUCCAGGAAAGCAAUUUACCUUUUGUCAUUCACUUCUCACUGUCAUCCAAGAUCUGUUUAGAAAAUGGUUGGAUCUUUCACUAUCCUCACACAAAAUUCGAAAUUCUGAAAUGGAAGACAGUCCUCGAUAUUGCUGUGAAGAAGCUACAAGAAGCCAUAAUUCAAAUCAAAACAGAAGCAGCCAAGCUGAAGAAAGAGGGAUUCAACAAACGACUUAUUCUGCGCCACUAUAAUGAUCCUAAACCGGAGGCAGAGGUGGACAACAGUCCCCUCAGUUCUCAAUAUUUCUGGCUGGAGCUGCUGAAGGGGAAGCCUCAGAUGCCAGCAGUCCAACAGGAUAACCCAGAGAUGAAAAAGUUCCAUUACGCCUUGAUAGACGGUUCCUCCAUGAUUUACUAUCCGUCUGGCCGUGUAGCUGUCUGUCAAAGCUAUUCUGCCCUCCCUUGGGGUGGCAUGUACACCAACAUAUUCAGUGACUUGCCAGAUCAAGUUAUCCUUGGGACCUUUACACCUUUUGGAUGUGGUAGUAUUUCUUUUCCUAAGGGCCAAAUAAUAUCAAUGAUGUUUAAUGAGGAUGGAGGCCUGGUGAUCAACAAAAAUGGAUACAUUGUAAGAGAAUGGGCAUGGCCUUCAAAGGGAAAACUUGAUGAUCCUGUUGAAAUUUUGGUGAAUGCAUUCAUCACUGUGAAGAUUUCUGGGCGCUUUGCCAUCUCCUUGGUCUACAAAUGGCAUCCUCAAAGCCUAAAGCUGUCUCUGGCACCUGUAAAACGCAGGUCCUCCAUGUUUCCUCCACACACCCCUGAGACACCAUUCCCUGAUGUCAAUCCCAUCUCCAAAGAAGCCAGGGAGCUAUUCAAGGCCUACAAAAUGAAGUGCAAGCUAAUGAAAUCCAUAACUCAGGUCAAAGAUCGUUCAAGUUUAUCAGGUGCAGCGGAUACUGCUACAUUUGAUACAGCAAUGGACAUAAGCCCUAUGUCUGACAUUGCGACAGUUAUUCAAUUAAGAAGACUACAGAGAAAAGCCAAGCACAUCCUAUUUAACUGGCUGGAUUACUACAGAUUUUCAUUGGGAAUAGAAUGUCUGCACAUGUGCAAAGUGCCCAGGUUUCCACCAAAAGUGGUCAGGAAAGAAGAAGUCUCCCCAGCAGAAUUUCUUCUGAAACCAAGUGCAAAGGAAAAAGAUGAGAAUAAGGAGUAUCUUCUAUACCGAAACACCUUCCUAAAACUGAAGGGUGUCUUUCAGCCUUCGCCUCUCCCUUGCAUCCAGAAGACCCCAGCCAGCAAGUGUUCCUUCAGGCUUCCCCUUCCCAAUCAGAGCAAGGAUGGGCAGUUUGCUCCCCAUCUGGCUUGUCCUGUGGUCGUAAGGAGAAUGCUCUGUGGGAAGGAAGGGCCCAUUUGCCGAUGUAGCACUUACAGCGUUCCCGAAGUGACAGACCUGGAGUAUGAUCACCUUAUAAACCAGCAACUGUCCUCCAUGGACCAGAUUAUUAUAGUCUAUGUGUUCUCAGAUAAGGAAAAGGACAAGACUAUGAAGGAAGUGAACAAAGUGUACAGGGAGCAGAAUAAAGCUAGAAACAUGCCUUGUACUCAGGCCUUCCUAUACUAGUACAUGGCAUCACACAGUGUGCACAUUUCAAAACACACAGUGCAUUUUUAUGCUUCCUCUGCCAGAGAAUGGAAAUGGUAAGUACAAGUCAUGCCAACGUCUUCCAAUUCCGCAUCCUUGGCAGACAUUACUAAUCUAUCAUUCUUGUCAACUGAGCCUAGACUGGACCCUAAACUCUUACUUUGAUUGCACUCCAAGUAGCCUCUGCCUGAAGUAAGUCUGAAGUAGGCACUCAUAAAACCUCUUCCACAUGAUAGCUGUUACCCGCAACACAUUUAAUAAGUCUUUAUGUCUUACUGAUUCUGUCCCUGAGAUAUUUUUUCCUAGUUGUCCCUUUUUUUCAAUCCCAUUGCUUCUGCUUAUUUUAGACCUUUACCAUCUCCCACCUGAUGUUCUCCAAUAAGUUGCCUAAUUUUCCUGCUUCUGAUCUUAGUCCCUCUGACAUUUCCUACAUGUUGCAGGGUAUUAUUUUUAAUAUCUGAAGAUGACUGCAUCAUUCUGCUUAAAACCCUCUAAGGCCUUCUCUUCAGGUCAAGUCCAAGUUCCUUACCUGACAUUGAGGGCCCACUCCCACUGGGGCUCUUCCCUGCAUGUUCAGGUCCCUACUUCAACCUCAGUGAUAGCCUCAGGGGGGACUUUAAAGAAUGCUUAGGGACCCUCAGGUCUUGUUCUCCAUCAGGUUGAAGCACGUGAAAGCUGAGAGUUGGGCUUUGUCACCCUUUGCCAAACUGCUUCCAAUAAGUUGCCUUUUUAGGAUGUUGCCCUGAGUAUACCCUGUGCUUAUUUUAAGGGGUGUUACAUUAUUUGCUACAGGCCUGGUAUAACCUGUGUUAAGCCCAAUGUGGAAAUUGUCUCCCUGAAUGAGAAGCUAGAAAGCUUUUCUCCCCACGAGGAUCUGGUGUGCGCCCUCUUUCCUGUCCAUGAGAUUUUGGUGCCCUACUGGGUUCCUCUCUUCACUUUGCCUUAAAGUAUAGAACAAGCCCUAGCUGGUUUGGCUCAGUGGAUAGAGCGUCAGCCUGCAGACUGAAGGGUCCUG